AAGCUGUGAAAGAAAAGAACCCACAUACAGUGUGCUUAAAUGAGAGUUUGUCCUGCAACAGCAAGGAUAGUUGUGAAGAGUAGAAAUCCUUGAUGAACUGUAAGUUAUUGUAGUGAAUUAUAAAAAGGAGUCUGAUCUGUUCCGGCUUGAAGAAAUGAGCUCGGUUAGACAGGAAGUAAAAUACAAAAUUAUCUUUGUCACCAAAGAAGAUCAUGAAGCUCCCAGCAAUGCUGAGCUUGUAGAAGAAGAUCCCAAUGACCCCUAUGAGGAGCAGGGUAUUAUCCUUCCUGGUGGUGACAUAAACUGGAACUGCCCCUGUCUGGGUGGGAUGGCCAGCGGUCCCUGCGUGACAGAGUUCAAGGAUGCCUUCUCCUGCUUCCACUACAGCAAGGAGGAAAUCAAGGGUUCAGACUGCAUGGAGCAGUUCACGGCUAUGCAGCAGUGCCUGCAGCUCUACCCAGAGCUGUACCCUCAAGAAGAUGAAACCUCACCCAAACAGAGCUCCAAAGACUCUGCUGCUGAAGGGCCUUCGGCCGCCAACUCGAACCCUGCUCCAGAGCAGGACUCUGAUACCUCAAAUCCCAACACAGAAAGCUCACCGGGGAGCUAAUAGAAGUCCAGUAUGUGUGUGUGUGUGUGUGUGUGUGUGUGUGAGCCACAAAGCUCAAUAUCCACCUUUCAGUUGCAGGUAAUACUGUAUGGAUGAAAUGUAAACCGGUUAUUGUUUUAUUUUUUUAAAGCUCCUGAUGAGGUGUUUAGGUAUGAACGAUGUAUAAAUGAGCCAAACAUGCUUGUAUGCAUAAAGGUGAAGAGACUCCCAUUUUUAUCUUGGACUGGCCACUCUUAAAACUGCAGAAAGAUGAUCCACACUCACUAAAGCUACACUGAUAUCCCACAGUGAUACAAUACACCCAACAAUAAUACAAUUAUCCCAUAAGAAUUCACACAAAUUAAUUGAUGAAGCCUGCCAACUGAUUAUUAAUCUAAUUGACGGAAAUAAAUCACUUAUCUCACAAUUGGAAAAAAGUACCAUAUGGAUUUAUGUAGAGUAGAUUUAUUUGACUCUAACAUAAAAACG